AUGACUUUGACCAACUCAUCACCAGAGCAUGCCAUGCGGCCUCAAGGAGCGCGAGAGGGUCAUCCUCGUCGGUCAGAAGAUUCUUGGAUCGAACUAUCCUCGCAGCCUUCGUCGUCUUCCUUGUCUUCGGCCGGCACGACCGACGAUAUCAUCACAACGGGGCUGAGGGUCCAGCAGCUUCGAAGACGGCGAUCGACGCAUCCUCAUCACCAUCACCAUCACCAUAACAACAACCACCGUACUGGCGGCUAUCAUGUUUCACCACAGGACCUGGAGAUCGGCUACUCACAUCGUUCGUCGAGCACGACAGGAAGCAGUCAAGAUGAGAACGAGGAGACCGAGAGCGAGUCAGACCGGCUGUCAAACGACGACUUCCCUACUCGGCUUCAUCCAAACAUGAACCUGCUACCAGACAUGGCAUCUCAGCUGGACGGGACACUUUCAACAGAUGACGACGAUGACGAUGAUGAUGAAGACGAUACCUCUACAGCGCUGGGAUUCAACCCACAGCCCAACGCCUUCUCUCACCCACCAGCCUCGACAAGAACGGCACAGUCUCGGCACUCGUUCGAUUCGGCAAGACUAUCACAGAACCGACGGCACUCGCGGUCCAGCCUUCCCAGCCUGGGAUCUCGACGGUCUUCGGUCCAGCACUCUCCCUUCAACAUGAUCUCACCAUCCCAUCAGGCGGACCACGACGCAGCUCUACGUGCAAGCCUGUCUACUCUGCUGUCUUGUGCAGCUGCAGCUCGCGGCCUACCGAAGCACGACAGCCAGCCGUCAGUGGCAGAACGAUCGUCUCCGAGAGCAGAACCAUCGUCCUUCCGUCUUCUCCCAGGGGCAACCGACACCGAAGACGAACCACCCACUGGACGCAUGCACGUCCCUCCACCUCCUGCAGCAACACCAUCACGAUUCCAGCCAUCAACAUCUCCAUCACCAUCGCCCAAGCAGCGGUCACGCUCCCCUAUCUCCACUGCUGCUGCUGCUGCUCAUGGAAAAGCCCGACGAAGAGCCAGCCCGUCUAAGGACCGCACCUCGGCCACCACCAAAAAGACCGGACGACCCAUGGCCGUAUCAUCACCAUCAUCAUCAACACUGUCAGAGACUGCCAACUCCCGCAGCAGCUCCCUCAGUCCCACCGUGAUGACGUGGGUCAUCAGUGCAGGCGUGGUGGUGCUGUUCUCCGCAAUCAGCUUCUCCGCCGGCUACGUGCUGGGCCGGGAAGUUGGCAGGAUCGAGUCCGGCCAGACCUUGUAUGGGAACGGACUGGGCGGCGCCAGCGAGCCUGCCACCAGCAGCUUUGCCACGCUCAAAUCAGGAGCCGGCUGUGGCAGGGAAGCUGUCCAGGGAGGUCUGGGACGGUUCCGAUGGACAGGAGGCAGCGUCUCCGCAUGA